AUGUCCUUUAAGCAGGUGUUUCUCCGCGACAAUGAAGAAUGCCACGCCUUUCCCUGGGAUGCUCUCACGCAUCCGUCGCAGAGCGCUGGGGAGGAGCAGCGAACGAUUCAUCACCAGUUGGCUUGGUCCGCAGUGUGCGAGAGGGAGGAGGCGGACAUGGGGACGCAGCCCGCUCGGAACGUUUCCGAGUUGACAUCGGUUUCUUUUUCCUUCCAACCCCCGUUUGCGAGGCCACGGCGAAAGACAGGACGUUCUUCGUUGGGGCGUAGACAUGACAGACCUUUAUACGCCGCUGGUUCCGCUGGUCCCCGGUGUGGCGAAAAACCGACGCUUUUCGUUGGAGCGGCCGAGGCGGACUUCUGUGAAGACAUGGGCUGGAGGCAGAGAAGCAGCUCACCGGUCUCUUCUGUCGAACACAAUGCAGAAGACGACGGAGAGGACUUUGAUGUUGAGCCUGUGGUGCUGAAGAAGUCGUUGAGCGAGAAGGAUCGACGAAAACGCUUGCAUUUAUCCGAGAUGAGUGCCCGUUUGUGUCAUGCCUUUGCCAUGAAGCCAUUCCGACUCGCUUGUGGGCUCGGCUCGGAUGAGUGUGAUGGUGGUGUUGGUAUGGAGAAUCAAAGCGGCUGGGGCGCAGGAGAAGAGGCCGCAGUACCACUGCGGGAAAAAGACGACGAUGACGACACGACACCCGCACGACAGACGGCGCCAAUUUCUGAGACCAAAAGAGGUAAUACAGCGCUUAAUUUUACCGACAAUGACUUGAGUGUUGUCCGUGCCAUUGCACUGGCACUCAUGGAGGAGGAGGAGAAAAAGAGACGGCAGGAAAUGCGGAGGAAAACAAAUUGA